UCUCAGCCGAUCUUGUCCCUCUGUCUUCUUGGCAAGCCCUGCCGACAACCGUUAGAACCCUGAUCCUUUCACCGAUCUCUGUUUUCAGAAAUAUAAAUAUAUAUAUAUAUACACACACACACACAUAGAUCAAACAGAUAUAUAGCAAGCAUAAUUCUGAAGCCGACAAGAAAUUGAAUUGGAGGGAACCCAUUUCUCAUUGUUGAAUAUUCUGUUAUUUUAUGCGAAUUUUGAAUUGGAAUCCCGUUUAUAGAUUUCUUCGUCGGAUCAACCUGUGAAUCGAUGGUCGUAGAGGGCCGUUUGGAUUUUAAUCUGGGUGUUUCGUAGUGGUCGCUCCAAUUUCAGCUUUGAUACACGAGUUUUCGAUUCAUCUUCCGAAGACCUUCGUUGAUGUCUGUUAAUUUCGUGGAAUUUUUUUGAGUGGGUUUGGGACGUAGUUUUCUUGGAUGGUGAAUUCAGUAUAGUUCUUUGCGGAGAAAAAUGUUUAGGAGGGAACGCGAGAAAGACAAGAACAAAGAGCUGAAUGGCGGAGCGCUUUGUGGGCAGGUUCGAGUUCUUGUUGUUGGGGAUUCAGGAGUGGGGAAAACUUCUCUGGUUCAUUUGAUUGUGAAAGGUUCCUCCGUUGCUCGUCCUUCUCAAACGAUUGGAUGUACAGUUGAUGUGAAGCACACAAUUUAUGGAAAUUCUGGUAGCUCUUCAAAUAGCAUCAAAGCUGACAGUGAGAGGAAUUUCUUUAUUGAACUCUGGGAUGUCUCAGGACAUGAACGAUACAAAGACUGCAGGUCUCUUUUCUACUCACAAAUAAAUGGUGUAAUCUUUGUACAUGAUCUAUCUCAGAGAAGGACAAAAACAAACCUGCAGAAAUGGGCUGCAGAGAUUGCAGCAACUGGGACAUUCUCUGCUCCUCUAGGAGCUGGAGGUCCAGGUGGUCUCCCUGUCCCUUACAUUGUGAUUGGUAAUAAAGUAGAUAUUGUGGCAAAAGAGGGAACUAGGGGAAGCAGUGGCAAUCUUGUUGAUGCUGCUCGUCAAUGGGUUGAGAAGCAGGGUUUACUUUCCUCUAGUGAGGAACUUCCAUUGACUGAGAGUUUUCCUGGCAGUGGAGGUCUCAUAGCGGCUGCUAAAGGGGCGAGAUAUGACAAAGAAGCUGUGAUGAAAUUUUUUCACAAGUUGAUCAGGAGGAGAUACUUUUCAGAUGACUUACCCACACCAAAUUCAUGGUCUAUCCCAGUCGAAAGAACAUUGCAGCCAUCACAUGAAAUCUCAAACGAUGAAGAUGAGUUGUACAAUAGUACAAGGUUAACUGCAGAUCCCUACAAGUACAAUGUCCUUCCGCCUCUUCCAGCUCAAAACAAUCUGUUGCCACCUCUCACACCUUAUCCUCAGCAGCCAAUGUUGACACCUGACAGCUACACGAUUCCACGAUAUGCGGUGCCCAGCUCCCAGGAUAUCGGCAGCGCAAGAUCGAAGCGUACUAAUAUCAACGUCUGAUGUUUUCUUGAUGAAAUUAUACAUCUUAGAAGCAGAGUGAUGUAGUGGUGGUUCCAAUCCUACUUGUUAGUUUGCAAGCUGUAAGAUGGUUCGUUCAUUCUUUGAUUCAUUGUGUGUUCUCUUUGAAAUGUAUAAUGAUUUGUAGAUCAACAUACAACAGUUCGUUUACUCUUUUGCUAGCUCUUGGAUAAUUUACGAAGAAGCCCAUUAUUUUAAGGGUUCAGUUGAUUUUAUUGUU